AUGACCCACGAGUCCCGCCAGCGCUCCGCGUCCAACAUAUCGACGCCCUCCGACCGCUCUGCCCGUCGCGCACCGCGCCCGAAUCGCAACCCGCCCACCAGCCUCCCGCUGCCCGAGAUCCCCAGCGUCACCUCGUCGCCCUCGUCGUCGCUGCAGCCGCUGGGCCUGAGCAACCUCGGCUCGCCAUAUCCCUCCUUCUCCCCCGGCGGACCCAGCGCGCCUGCCUCGAGCCCACGCGGACGGGCGCAUACCGUCCAGGGUCCAGCGAUGCAUCAAUACAUCCCCCCUCCGCCGCCCCAGCCCUCGAGCACGCCCGCCGGCCACAUCGCCCUCCCCCCGCCGCCUCCACGGCCUACGGGCUACGGCAACCUGGGCGGCAUCUCCAUCCCGCCGCCUCCCCAUGCCAACAAUUGGGGUCCCCCGCGGCCCCAGUACCAGCAGCAAGGCUACGACCCGAGCCAGUAUCGCAGCUACCCUCACAGCAUCCCCCCUCCGCCAGGGCCCCCGCCGCAGCAGAUCCAGCACGAGCGCGAACCUCCACUGACGUCAGCCACGUACAUCCCCGGCGGCGAGUCAUUCGGACCUGGUGUCGGCAUCCCUCCGCUGCACACCUCGAGAGGCUACCCCGAGCCAUACUACCGCGACGACAACUACUCCGCCAACGCCGACACGUCCGCCCAGGGCUUCUCCAGCAGCCUCCUCGAGAGCGUCCAGAGCGUGCAAUAUGGCUCCAACAACGGCUUCAACGCGCCCCCGACGCCCAGCAGUCGCAACCACCUCAACAUACCGACCGAGAGAGCCCAGGUCUACGACUCGUCUGGACCGCCAACCGCCACGCUGCAGAACCCCAUGGUCCAGAAUCACGGCAGCGUCUAUCACCGGUCCGAAAGCAAUGGCACGACCCCCAUAUCCCCACAUGACUCUUCGAUGCACUGGCCAGCCGAACGCGUCCAACACUGGCUAGCGAGCAACAAUUUCUCACGAGACUGGCAAGAGACGUUCAGGACACUGGGUCUGGAAGGCUCAAAGUUUCUGGACAUUGGCCGCGGCCAUGGCAGCAAAGGCAAUGUAGCCAUGAUGCACCAGGUCAUCUUUCCCCAAUUGGCCAAGCAAUGCACCGCAAGCGGGACCGGAUGGGAUCAGAACAGAGAGCGAGACGAGGGUCGCAAGCUGCGCAGACUUGUGCGCUCCAUCGUGGAGACGGGCCAUAUCGCCAACCCCCGCGCAGCACCGCAACGAUCCGACACUGGCAUGACGAGCGCCGGGACAGAGGGUACUGUGGAGAAUUCACCGUACAUCGGCACCAGAGGCAUGGACUUUGGAUCAACGCCAACCACUGCUGGCAAUGGCGAAGAGAGUCCGGGCCGUCAGCUGCUCUUGCACUCGCCUGGUGGUAGUACGAACCCGCCCAGACGCAUCUCUACACAGCAACGCAAUUUCACUGUGCCCGGUCUCGGCCCUACUCCAGAUUUCUCAGAAGGACCUGCACGCAGUCCCUAUUCGAGGGAGGUUCUGCAAGGCCUAGAUCCAAAGCCUGUACGCCAUAGCCCGAAUGCAUCCUCAGAGUUUGCGCCAUCUUCAUUGGGUGCAUCGAACUAUCGCCAAGCAAGUCCGCAGCAAAGCCCAGCGCUCCCUUCAGCCCGUCUUGCGACCAAUGGCGGUCAGCUCAGUGCGGGUCUGAGCAACAACGGAUCGCGGUACUAUUCCCCGCAUAACCGCGUCAACAGUACCGAAUCCAUCAACUCCACCUUUGCAAACACUGGCUCGGGUCCCCCGUCAAGCAGAUCAUUCGAUAAUCGUUCCGAUAGUCGCAACGAGAACCGGAAGAACGGUUACGAAGGCUCACGACCAGGUACUGGACUAGCUAGAUAUGACUUGGAAGCGCCCACCAGCGCUAAAGAUCAUGAGAAAGGUUUCUUCAAGAAAAUCAUGGGCGGGCGGAAGAAGGAGAACCACCCAUCUCCCGAUGACACGAGCCUGGAUUCACCCACUAGUCCGGCAAGUCAUCGUACGCAUCCAAGCGGGUCCCUGUUUGGGAAAUCUGGCAUGAACUCAAGCGAGACUUCCUUGAACGAGCGACCCCCUUCGAGACGAUCAGCUCAGACAGACUCCGACAAUCGAGCAACAGGUCGUACUCGCACAUCCGGAAGAGAAGAUCGCAAAUACGCUUUUGUCACACCAGAUGGCUGGAACUACCGGCUCAUCGACAUCACCAACGUAGAUUCACCAGCAGCUCUACGAGCUGUGUGUUGUGAGGAGCUGAGUCAGGGUCUGAGCCAGAUAUCUGGUGUAGAGUUGCAUCUCACGAAUCCUGGGCAACAAGACCACGAUCACCCGCUGUCCGACUCAAAGUUGUUGAAGGCGCGGUCGCAAUAUGGGAAUCGAGUCGGCGAGCUCAAGAUUUUUGUCAAGAUACCGCAAGAGGGAACCGUACCUCCAUCUGCCGGGCUAGGAGUGUCGCUACCCCAUACAGCUGCUAGGUCUAUCGAUGAGGACGCAUACUCUCGGCUGAACGCCGACUCUCAACUAGAUUCUCCAGGAGGAAAGUCAGGAGAGUCCACGCUAGUCGCAGAUAAGAGUGCAGCUCUUCGCAAGAUGGCAGAGAAAGCCGAACCCAUGCCGAACAAUGCAGGUGACAGGCCUGCAGAAUCGGCUUGGGAACCGCGUGAUGACUUGGCCGAGGAGGAACGAAGAAAGCUGCUCGAAGCCGCUGCUGAAGAGCACCGCAAAGAAACAAAGCGGAAGCAGGAAGAAUAUCUGAGGAGUCGAUUCCAGAGGGCCAAUGGACACAGUCCUGACCUGAACCCCACUUCAGCCGACAACCUCAGCUACCGCAGUCAGCGUAUUGUUGACUUUGAUGAACCCCGCGCUUCUCCCUAUGAGGACGUAAAGAAACCAUUCGAUGCUAAACCCAAGCAGCUUGUCCCACUGCGAGAGCCGCCACCAGUGCCAGCCGAUACGAGCACACUGUUGAAAGCCAAUUCGCUGUCGAGGGCCAAAAACCGCGGCUCAUGGCCCGAGAGUGAUGAUGGCAAAGACAAGCGGAGAUCAACAGAGUCGCAGUCAGAAAAGCGCAAAGCCAUUCCUCAGGCUGCAAGUGGGCUGGGAGGCAUCGCUGCUGCUAUCAUCGGCGCUGGUAAUCUUGGGGCAGGCAUAGGAGCAGCGAACAGGGCGCCACCAAAGGGUCCUCAACCAGCAAACAGCGAAGGCUCGCCUGAAAGCAUUCGACCUUCACAACAGGUAUUGCUGGAUAAUGGAUUCGCAGCUAGAUCUGGCUCCGGAAGAAAUAGUCCAGGUGGGUCACCUCGCAGCCCCGGCGAGCUCACAAUGAGCAAGGGAAAUAUACCUUUCAGAAUACCUGACUAUGAGGAAGCUUUCGGAGACGACACGUCCAACGAGAGGCCAGACCUCAGCCUUGAAAUGCCCGAUCCGACAGCACCGCGAUCGAGAGACGAGCGGUCUCGUUCGCCAACUCGAAGUCCCCAUACAGCGCACGCUCCAGAGUCUACCUUGAGCAGAGAACCAUCACGGGUGUCAGUGUACGGUCCCACUCACGACUUCGAAGAAGCGCGAGUGUCGUUCAUCACGAAGUCUCCAAAUCUGGAGCCUAUGGAUUCUGACGACGAUGAUUCUGACGAUGGCUUGUUCGCUGCGCCGCUCGCAGGACGAGCUGGUCCACCCACACCUGCCCAGAGCACUCCCAUCACUCGGACCAACUCCCGCAGCCAACGGCCAAACCUUACACUCAAGACACAACGGUCAAAGAACUCGCUAGCGCAGGUCACGGAAAAAUCUGAGCAAAGCGCAGCUGGUGAUCGCGAUUCGCAGCCAAGCGACUUCCACCCCGAGUCGGCUGCGUCUGCAACGUGGACCGACUCGCCAAAUGAUACGAACAAGUUUUCCCGUCGAGAAUCAUUCGCCAGCGAUGUCUGGGCAAAUCGUCCACCAGCUGAAGCCCUCGUGGAACACCUUGACGAGCUCUUCCCGAACGUCAACCUCGAUCAGCCGAUGCUUGAGGAAGAGGAAGCGGAUGGUGCUGCAGAGUCAGCCAACGAUCCCCCGCCUAUACCCGCCGAGCCCACUCCUCAACCUCUCACCCGUGGUGGUGCAGGACUGCAGAGUAUCGCGCAACGCAACAUGAGGAAAUCAGGCGCUGGUUUGGGCCGCACAAAGUCUAUUCGUGAAGUAGUGAAGUCGCAAUACCAGCCACUCGACAAGAGGCCACUCCCAGGCCAGGCACAUGCUGGUGCCGGUCCAUCGCGUGUUGCUACGUUACGCAAUGGUGGUGACAUUGUCAGGCGAAAGUCGACGAAGAUGUUCAACGCCAGGACUGAGCAAGUGCGACCUCAGCGCGGCUCACGUCUCGUUAUGGAGACGAUACCCCAAGAUCAUCUGCCAAGUGUUCCAUCGCGACAGCCAACAUUCAAGUGGAUGAAGGGACAGCUCAUCGGCAAAGGUACAUUCGGUCGCGUCUAUCUCGGUAUGAACAUCACUACCGGAGAGCUUAUCGCAGUCAAGCAAGUCGAAGUCAACGCCAAAGCAGCUGGUUCAGACAAAGACAAGAUCAAGGAACUCGUCAAGAGUCUGGAUCAGGAAAUCGACACCAUGCAGCAUCUCGACCACCCCAACAUUGUGCAGUACCUCGGAUGCGAGCGCAAAGAGUACAGCAUUUCCAUCUUCCUUGAAUAUAUUUCCGGUGGCAGUGUAGGAUCCUGCAUCCGCAAGCACGGGAAGUUUGAAGAGUCUGUCGUCUCUUCGCUCACAAGACAGACGCUGCUCGGUCUCUCUUAUCUCCACCGCGAAGGCAUCCUCCAUCGCGAUCUUAAAGCCGAUAACAUCCUGCUCGACCUCGACGGCACGUGCAAGAUCUCCGACUUUGGUAUCUCCAAGAAGAGUGACAACAUCUAUGGCAACGAUGUAACAAACAGCAUGCAAGGUUCCGUCUUCUGGAUGGCGCCCGAAGUAAUUCGCUCUCAAGGCCAGGGCUACUCAGCUAAAGUAGACAUCUGGUCUCUGGGUUGCGUAGUCCUUGAGAUGUUUGCGGGUAAACGUCCUUGGUCCAAGGAAGAGGCCAUCGGUGCCAUUUACAAGCUUGGUAGCUUAAACCAAGCCCCUCCCAUCCCCGAAGACGUCUCCAGGGUGAUUGGCGUAGAGGGCCUGAGCUUCAUGUACGACUGCUUCACCAUUGACCCCAUGGAGCGACCUACAGCCGAGACAUUGCUACGAGCGCCAUUUUGCUUUAGCGAUCCAAAUUACAAUUUCCUGGACACGGAGCUCUAUGCUAAGAUCCGGGGAGCUUUUCAGUAG